GGAACGGGGAAACCAGGUGAUACGACGCUAUCACCACGGUAGAGCGCCCUUUCGACUACAGUCAGUGGGAAAUGAUAAAUGUGUGUCUUCUGCUCCGGCUGGACAUUUCGUCGAACUGUUUUCAGCCGAUCGGUUGCAACACAGCGAUGUUUCCUGGCAGCGUGCGGUACACGCUGGUCGGCUUCUCCGACUUGCUCGACUGGAAGCCCCUGAGUUUCGUGAAGCCGAUCCCGCCGAACAGAGUGUGCAGUUUGUGCGGGCUCGUGCGACCGGUUACCGCGCUGCUACUGUGCGGCCACGUACUCUGUGACCGCUGCUGCGAACAGGGCGUGGUGGACGACGAUCACCACUGUCCUCUGGAUGGUGGCUGCUGUUCGAAGGACGACGUCGAAUGGAGGCGAUUUCCUGCCGGCAACUUGCUGAUGAGAGACGUGUACUGCUGGAACAAGCAAUUUGGAUGUGAAGCCGUCAUGCCUGCGUCGGAUGUCUACAACCAUUUUCUGACUGAAUGCAUACACCAUACGACCUAUUGUAAAAGAUGUUCUAAUGCGGUUUUGUACAAUAGUAUAAGCGCCCACAUUUCUCACUGCACGAACAGGGCCAUAUCGAGUGCUUCAGAGAAGCCGCAAGGGCCGAUUGAGAGAGACGGAUUGACAACGACGACAGCGACCCACCAAUAUCCAGAAAAUUUGGUGGCUGAAAUCAACGUCGCUUUGCACAGUAUUCUGAGUGAAAGCAACGCACACAGCGAUGCACUUAACGAUCUGUCUAGCAAAAUGAAUGUUCUGAUAGACGUUGUGACUAAGGAAUCCCGAGGGGCAGCUACACUAACUAGUGAAUUUCUAGCACGAAAUGCUGUUCAAUUCAGCGAGAUAAACAAAUUACUGAAACAGUGCUUGGUGGCUUCGAACAGUAGUCUAGAAGAAAUUUUUCGGAAGCUUGCUGUCCUAAAGAACACGAUGAGCAAGGCGGAACAUGCCACUCAACGCGAGCGUGCUGUGGUCGCUAAGGUGGCGUCUGAAGUUGGCGCAAUGCAAAUGGAAGGUAACGAGAGUAGUCAAGAAAUACUGCGCUUAACAGAAAAGGUGAUGGCGCACAGUUCAGUCUUGCUUAACUUGUACACUUUUGUUGUACAAGGAGUAAGCGCACUAAAGCGAGAUGCCCUCGAUGAAGGCGAGGCAACGUUUGAAUGCGAUAGGGUGUACUUACGCGGCUAUUGUAUCUCGCCGGGAGUUUGCCUCAGGAAACAGAAAGACUCGCUCACGCUGCAUAUCCUGAUUUUUAUUCACAAAGGCGCACUCGAUGACUUUGUCGAGUGGCCAUUCCAUUAUUCCGUGAAGCUAAGCGUAAUACAUCCAGUUUCUCGUGUUAAGCGCGAGAUUUGCUGUAAAUUUUCAAAGGAGAAUUUGCCGUUUCUGCAGAAACCAGUGGAAUCUAGCAACAAAGCAGUUUUCUCAAAACAAGCGUCGCUCUCCUUGAGCGAUCUGGAGCGAGACAACUACGUGUCGGAGGACAAGCUGCAAUGCCGAUGGAACAUUGUCUGAGGUUCAACGUAGCGCUCAGGGGUGAUGUGACACCGAGUUGUGCGGGAUGCCCUACUAGACGGAAGGAGGCGGGAGUUCGAGGCGGCCUUUAGAAACAUGAGAUCUUUUAAUACUGUAUUAGUAAUGACGCUCAACAUAAUAUUGUUCCUGUCCUGCUGUUAGUGUCGACGACGUCAUCUGCUUGACCAAAUAAAUAUUUUAUUCCGCAA